UUUGUAGUGUAAAGUGUAAACUCUACUCUAGGUGUCAACACCGAAACGCGGAAGCUGGAAGUCUUUAUGGUUUCUUUAGUUUAUUUCUUGUAACAAUAUUUACGAUUUUUUUAAAAAAAAGAAAUUAGCGAACCUAUUUGUGGCGCCUUCUUCUGUUUACGUUUUUCUUUUACUUCCGGUGUGUUGUAUAGGUUCCCUAAUUGUGUGCAGUUCGCUGUCGGUUGCUACGAGCUCUGUGUUUGUUUAGUGGUCCAGAUGAGUCUGAUGGUCCGAUAGUUUUAGGGGUAAAUCAUUUCUCUUUAUUGCCCCUGUAGUGAUUUAUUUAUUUAUUUAUUUAUUUAUUUUUGUGCGCGAUGGCGGAGGCUGAAGAAGAGUUUCCUGAGCAGAUCGAUGAUGCGGAACUUUCACUGCGGGGAAUUAACAUGUUGCUGAACAACGGAUUUAAAGAGAGCACAGAGCUCUUCCACAGGUACAGGAAUUACAGCCCUCUGAUGAGCUUCGGCGCGGGUUUUGUCAGUUUUCUGAAUGCUAUGAUGACGUUCGAAGAGGAGAAGAUGCAGGUGGCGUGUGAGGACCUGCGAGCUACGGAAAGGAUGUGCGAGAGUGACGGCGCCGGCGUGAUCGAGACAAUCAAGAACAAGUUCAAGAAGAAUCAUGCGGAGGGUCGGAGGUCAGAGAUGACCGUCAUCGAGCGUCUUCAGAGGCUCAUCAUCAUGGCUGACUGUCAGGUUUAUCUUUCUAUGCUGUCCUUCGUCAGACAGGAGCUCUCAGGAUACAUUAAAGCAGGCUGGAUCCUCCGUAAGGCCUGGAAAAUGUACAAUAAGUGCUACAACGAGAUCACCCGCUUGCAGGAAGUGUGCCAGAGGAGGAACUCGGCACCACAGGGGGCACUUUCUUUUGAUCAAACCAGUCAGAAUCAUAAUGUCUCGAUGCACGAUCCCACAGCAGUCUGCUCCAGUGAACCUGAACCCAGUCCAGAUCACUGUUCACCGGCUCCUGUCUCACAUGAUCCCAAUAAGCUUAACAACGGCCACAAAGCUUCCUCAUGUCGGCCCAAGCACGUUCCGAAAUCUCAGCCCCGGCUCGAUUACAGCGUGACCGCAGAGUCCCUGAGUCGACUCAAAGGUUCGGUCAGCUUCGGCUACGGCCUGUUCCACCUCUGCAUCUCUAUGGUGCCUCCUCACCUCCUAAGGAUCAUUAACCUGCUGGGAUUCCCCGGCUCACGACAGGAGGGGCUUGACGCCCUUACAUACUCUAGCGAAAGUAAGGACAUGAAGGCCCCUCUCUCUACACUGGCCCUGUUGUGGUACCACACGGUCGUGCAGCCCUUCUUUGCCCUCGACGGCUCUGAAACAGAAGCCGGACUUCAGGCUGCGAAAGCCAUACUUCAGAAGAAGGAAGCUGAAUAUCCAGACUCCUCACUCUUCAUCUUCUUUAAAGGACGAGUGCUGCGGCUCGAGUGUGAGAUCAGCAGGGCUUUAAUAUGCUUUAACAAUGCCUUGGAGCUUUCUUCAGAACAAAGGGAAAUCCAGCACAUCUGUCUCUACGAGAUCGGUUGGUGCAGUAUGAUCGAACUGAGUUUCUCUGAAGCGUACAAAGCGUUCGAGCGUCUGAGGACGGAGUCACGCUGGUCCCAGUGCUACUACUCCUACCUCACUGGAGUGUGUCAGGGAGCUGCAGGAGAUCUGGACGGAGCUUGUAGCGUACUGAAAGAUGUGGCUCGGCUUUUAAAGAGGAAACACAAUCAGAUUGAGCAGUUUUCCAUGAGGAAGGCUGAGGAUUUGAUUAAGCCCAGGCCUACAAAAGAGCGAUGUACAAUGGCUUCCAUUGAGGUUCUGUACCUUUGGAAAGCUCUUGCUAACUGCUCCAGUGCCAAGCUGCAGCUCAUGAUUGAAGUUCUUCAGCAGAUGGGAGGUUCGUCGUAUUGUGGACUGAAACCGCUCCUGCUGGGGGCCGUGCACAAAAGUCUGGGAGACAACGCAAACGCAAUACAGUGUUUUCAGAUGGCUUUUAACGACGAAGAAGGGCGUGUCAGUAACUCGUACGUGCAGCCGUAUUCGCUCUAUGAGCUGGGAUGUGUACUCGUGGAAAAUCCUGAGACUACAGCCAAAGGAAGAGCUCUGCUUCUUCAAGCCAAGGAGGACUUCUCAGCGUACGAUUUUGAGAACAGGCUCCACGUCCGAAUCCACUCGGCUUUAGCUUCGUUCGCAGCGACGACUCCACAGUAACGCGUUCCUCUAAAGGAAACCUUCCCUCUCAGACCAACAGGAACGAGGAAGAACGUUAGGAGCGCAGCCUCAGACUAGUACCAUUCAUCGUGGACUGGUCAUGGGUUGUUUUUUUUUUUUUCCCCUUCCUAAGCGCACCUUAUAUUUUUAUGUUCGAUGAGAAACAGGAAACGGUCAGUUUCACAUUGUGAAAUAUUCCAUCAGGAAGAUAAGUUACAGCUGAGUUACAUUUUGGAGCACAUGAUUUAUGACUUUUGGUAUGAGGUAUGUUUACACUAGUGCCUGUGAAAUUCUCAAAAGCAGUACUAAUUUAGUUCAGGCAGUUUACAAAUAUAGGUUUAAAAUGUGAAUUAUUAUUUAUUUUUUAUUUUUUUUUGGGCUCUCUUGUGGUAUAGUGGUCAGUAAUGUGAUGCCUGGUCAUGCAUGUGGGUUUAAAGCAUUGCACAUCACAAAAAAGUUGCCAAAUAUUAACCGAUUGCACCUCGUAAAAUGUGGGUUGUUUAAAAAAAUUAAAAAUUCACUCAUGCAGCUAGCAACAAGGGCAGCUAAAUUGUUUUUUUUUGUUUUGUUUUGUUUUAUUUUGUUUUUGUUUUCAUACCAAAGCCUAAAAAGUAAAGUGUCUUCAUUGAGAUCCUGAUAUUAUUUGAUGGACCGUCCUGAAAAUCCUGAAAUAUUUCUUCUUCUACGAACAAAUUCGAAAGGUGUUUGAAGAAAGAAAUUUCAUUUCAUUAGGACCUUUAAGUUUUCUGGUACGUCGUAAGUUCGUAUCGUCUGUAUAGAAAGCUUUAAGGUCAUUUCUUGGUUAAAAUGAGCAGGUUACUAGACGAGCGCUUAGUUACUCAGAUUGUAAUUAUACUGAAAAAGUUUACCGUAAAUAACAUCGGAUGUGUUUAAACACUGUAUCUAAGUAACGAUACAGCGCUGUGGUUACAAACAUGCCGACUGUAACAAGCAGGUUAUUACAUAACAAAUAACUUUUUACAGGGUUUUUUUUUUUUCGAAUUAGAAAUGAUGUUUAUUUUUACACUUCCAAAGAAUUCUCUGUGCCAUGUCCUUAUUCUACCUAUUGUACAAAGCGGAGUACCGGACUGUUACCCAGUUAUUGUACUGUUCAAUGGUGUAAUAUUCUAAAUGGUUUGUUUUGUGUUCUGAGCAAACAGGAAAAAAAAAAAUCAUGUUAACUGGAUAAAUGGUGAACUACAGUAUUAGUAUAAAGUGCACAGUUACAGUAUAUUCUGUUCACAUGAAAAGAUUAAACCUGGUGGAUGCAGCUAUAAAAAUAGUUUUUGGUUUCUCCAUGUUCUGCAGAAACACGUACUUUAUUAUAUCAGUCAGUGCUGUUCUUGACUUCCUGUUUGGGGGAAAAUAAACAAUUUACAUGUUGAGGAAA